AUGAUUCCUUCACCUGAGAUCAAUCUCGAUGAUUAUGCCGUCUCUCCAGAUCACGGUUUUCUUCCAAGUGGUCUUCCCCUACAGAAACUGCCCCAUGACUACUACGCUUCCUGGGAGAACCUUGCCGUCCGGCUGCCAGAUCUGAUCCAGACCGGUCAGAUCAGACGUCUAAUCGAUGCCUUGCCAGUCCUCACUACUACAUGGUUGCAAACAGAGCCAGAGUGGCGUCGUGCAUACUCCAUCCUGGGAUUCUUCACACACGCCUAUAUCUGGGGAGGCGAGAAGCCCAAGGAUGUCCUCCCACCCUGCAUUGCAAAGCCCUUCCUCGAGAUCGCCAAACACCUCGAGCUCCCUCCCUGUGCAACCUACGCAGCACUCACACUAUGGAACUACACCACCGUCCCAGAACUCGACCUCACAGAACCAGACCAUCUCUCCGUCCUAACCUCCUUCACAGGAACCAAAGACGAAGAAUGGUUCAUGGUCAUCUCCGUCGCCAUCGAAGCCAAGGGUGCCCGUCUAGUCCCACUAAUGCUCGAUGCCAUCGCCGCUGCUACAGCGAACGACGCACCCCGGUUGACAGCACUGCUUUGCCGCUUCACAGACGGUCUGCAAGAUUUGACUGGCACGUUGAAGCGCAUGUAUGAGAAGAAUAACCCACAUGUCUUCUUCCACCAGUUGCGGCCGUUUUUGGCGGGGAGUAAGAAUAUGGCUGCUGCUGGUUUGCCGCAUGGUGUCUUUUAUGAUCUUGGUACUGGCCAGGGCGAGUGGCAUCAGUACAGUGGUGGGAGUAAUGCGCAGAGCUCGCUUAUUCAAACUUUUGAUAUCUUCCUUGGUGUGAGCCAUUCUGCGACGGGGGGUACGAGUAUGAAGUCCUCGGGAACGAGUUAUAUUCAGGAUAUGAGAAACUACAUGCCCGCCCCGCAUAAGCGUUUCUUGGAGACUCUCUCCGCGCUCUCCAAUGUUCGAUCCUACGUGACCUCCACGCAGGCCGAGUCCCCUCUAAAGGAGGCAUACAAUGCCGCCGUCUUGACAUUGAGUGCCUUCCGUGACGCUCAUAUCCAGAUUGUCUCGCGGUAUAUCAUCAUGCCAGCCCGCAGCAAUGUACCCGUCGAGACAGGUUCCACGGACAAAGUCAACUUGGCUACGGCCAGUGCUCAGAUUAAGGGUUUGAGCGAGACCAAUCCCACGGGAUUGUAUGGAACUGGUGGUACGAGCUUGAUUCCUUUUUUGAAGCAGACUCGUGAUGCGACCAAGUCUGCUACAUGUUAG